UGAUGUGUCAGGAGGAGAUACGCAUUUAGUAAUUUUCAAGGAGCCAUGUUCAGUUUAGAAUCCUCACUUAUUCUUUCUCCCUUGAUUCCUGGCCACUGUAAAUUACUUCAAAAGAUGAUUUUAGAAUAGAAAAGGAGCUAGAGUCAGAGAGGCUGUUUUAACAUUUCAUUUUCCUUUGACGUCAUUUAGGAUUUUGAUUUUGAAGCAUGGCAAAGAGGCAGAAAUGACUUUGGGCCAUAGACAGUGGAAUCACUUUAAAAUGAAGAUAUAUUUAUUAUUAUUAUUAUUAUUAUCAUUUUGCUUGAGAUCUAAAACUACCUAAUGAAUGAAGACCUCUCCCAGCGCUGACUGGAAUUAGAAAUGCUUUCUAAUUCCACAUGAAUGAGUAACAAAAGCAUUCCAAAGCAAGGACUUACUUGAAUUCACCGCUGAUUCCAUGGCAUCAAAUUCCCAAAAGGGGGCGGGGGGAAGCCUUGAAAUAACUUAAUGAUUGGGAAAUAUCAGUUAAAUGCUUUUGUACCUUCAUCAUUGUCAACUCAACAGGAAAACACUGCUAUCCAAGCCUCCCAUUUGCGUGAGAGUUGGGAGCUUCUAAACCAAGAAAGGAAGAAACCAAGCAGAUUAUUUACGAGCUCCUUCCCUCUUGCUGCUUAUGCCACUGUGAAAUAAGCUGUUUGUCCCAGUGACUUAACACCGCUCUUCCAGCUUUCCGCGCCUCCUAGCGGACCUAUUAAGUGGUGCACCCCGGGUCACCCGCUGCAGAAAAGCGGGCCACCAGUAGGCAGCGCCGCAUCCUGACGCUGCCCGCGCGCACAGCCUGGCCGGUGUUCCUCGCUCGCAUCAGACCCUGUCCUGGCUGCAGGAGAGGGGACUCCAGCCAGGUUCCAGAGUCCGAGUCCUCAGCAUCGUGUCAGACUGGGUGCCGGCUGCAGCCACCUCAACCUGGGCUAGGAGCACACGCGUCUUUGGAGCCCGACGCGGCGGCACAACUUCCUCAGGGGCCAACUUUAGGCCAGCCUGCCGGCUUGGUGCAGAGUCCGACUCAGGAGACCUGCCCAAGAAGUCUCAGGGAGUGGAACCCAGGAGCCCCUACCCCGCCCCCAGACACGCCGGGACUGCGCGUCGGGCCCCGCCCCGCGCGCCACGCUUUAAAAGGCUGGAAGGCCAGGGGCGCACGGCGGCGGCCACGGUCAUGGAGGGGGUGCUUGCAGCCAACUGGAGCGCCGAGGCGGUCAACUCGAGCGCGGCGCCGCCAGAGGCCGAGGGCAACCGCACCGCCGGGCCGCCGCAGCGCAACGAGGCCCUGGCGCGUGUGGAGGUGGCGGUGUUGUGCCUCAUUCUCUUCCUAGCUCUGAGCGGCAAUGCGUGCGUGCUGCUGGCGCUGCGCACCACGCGCCACAAGCAUUCGCGCCUCUUCUUCUUCAUGAAACACCUGAGCAUAGCCGACCUGGUGGUGGCGGUGUUCCAGGUGCUGCCUCAGCUACUGUGGGAUAUCACCUUCCGCUUCUACGGACCCGACUUGCUGUGCCGCCUCGUCAAGUACCUCCAGGUGGUGGGCAUGUUCGCUUCCACUUACCUGCUGCUGCUCAUGUCGCUCGACCGCUGUCUGGCCAUCUGCCAGCCGUUGCGCGCGCUGCGCCGCCGCGCGGAUCGUCUGGCAGUGCUAGCCACAUGGCUGGGCUGCCUGGUGGCCAGCGCGCCGCAGGUGCACAUCUUCUCGCUGCGCGAGGUGGCCGACGGCGUCUUCGAUUGCUGGGCCGUCUUCAUCCAGCCCUGGGGGCCCAAGGCCUACAUCACGUGGAUCACACUUGCGGUCUACAUCGUGCCGGUCAUCGUGCUCGCCGCCUGCUACGGCCUUAUCAGCUUCAAGAUCUGGCAGAACUUGCGGCUCAAGACUGCGGCGGAAGCGGCGGAGGCGAUCGCGGGAACCGAGGGCGCGGCGGCGGGCAGCCGGGGCCGAGCGGCUCUGGCCCGCGUCAGCAGCGUCAAGCUCAUCUCCAAGGCCAAGAUCCGCACCGUCAAGAUGACCUUCAUCAUUGUGCUGGCCUUCAUCGUAUGCUGGACGCCAUUCUUUUUCGUGCAGAUGUGGAGCGUCUGGGACGCCGAUGCGCCCAAGGAAGCCUCAGCUUUCAUCAUUGCAAUGCUCCUGGCCAGCCUCAACAGCUGCUGCAACCCCUGGAUCUACAUGCUCUUCACAGGCCACCUCUUCCAUGAACUUGUGCAGCGCUUCCUUUGCUGCUCUUCCAGCCACCUGAAGACCAGCCGGCCCGGGAGACGAGUGUCAGCAAAAAGAGCAACUCGUCCACCUUUGUCUUGAGCCAGCACAGCUCCAGCCAGAAGAGCUGCUCGUAGCCAUCCACGGGGUGACCAUCGAGGCUGAGACUGCCUCCCUGGCUUGGGUUGUGUGACAGGGACAGUCCGGCCCUUGGUGGUGGCUGCGUCCCUAUGUGUAUAAGGUACCUGUCAGUUUGUACCCCUCCACACCUUGGGGGAGCUGGAGCAGGCCAGGGGAUUUGGACCUGGGGUGGGGAAGCCAUCUCUGAGGGGGAAGAUGAGAGGGUGACUCAGCCAUUGGACAAUCCCUGGACCUCCCCUGGGCUCCCACCUUACUCCUGCUACCCUGUCCCCACUGCUGCCCCUGGCUGCUGGGUGGGUGGUUUUUUUUCUCUGAAGCCUGUAAUUUUAAUCCAGUGUCCUUUUAGUCCUUUGUCCUGGGAUCUUGUGAAAGGUGGUAAGUAUAGGAUUGGUGACCAAAUGGGCUCCAAAGCCUAGUGUUCUGAGCUAGGGGUGAAGAACAUGACCUCAGGUGGUGGUGCCGAUGUCUUCAUGGCCUCAGCACUCAGUGCUUUGGCCUUCGAGUGGUACAGUGCCAGCAUCCUUGGGCGACAGCUUUUCAGAAGGUAGCCCUUGAGCAGGGGAUUCUCCUAUGAACCAUCUGGCACAGGCAGCAGAUUCAAACUUGGCUUAAGAAUGUUUAGGAAGCCAGUACUUAAGAAGCAGUUGGGAAAGAAAAAUAAAAAGCAUUCAAAUUGGAAAAGAAGUAAAACUCCUUGCAGAUGACAUGAUUUCAUGUAUAGAAAAUUCUAAGGAAUGCAUGCAUGCACCCACAUGUACACACAAGCCCAUUAAAACUAAUAGAUGAAUUCAGGGUUUCAGAGAACAAGGUCAGUACAAAAAUCAAUUGUAUUUCUUGCCAGUGGCAAUGAAUGGUAUGAAAAUGAAAUUGAGAAAUAAUUCCAUUUAUGAUAGUAUCAGAAAGAAUAGGAAUUCAUUUAAUGAAUGAAGUGCAAGACUUAUAUACCCUGAAAACUGCAAGAUAUCAUUGAAAGAAAUUGAAGACUUAAAUAAAUGGAAAGACAUCCUCUACUCAUGGGUCAGAGACUUAAAUUGUGUUAAAUAACAACAUUCUCCAAGUUGAUCUACAGAUUCAGUGUAAUCCCUGUCAAAAUCCUAGCUGUCCUCUUUGCACAAAUUGAUAAGCUGAUCCUAAAAUUCACAUGGAAAUGCAGAGAAUCCAGAAUAGCCAAAUAAACCUUGAAAAAGAAGACAAAGUUAGUGGAUUCAUACUUCCUGCUUCAGAGCUACAGUAAUUAAAAGAGUGUGGUUCCCUCUGUGGCACAGUGUGUUAAUGAUCUGGCUUGUCUCUGUGGAGGUGCCAGUUUGAUCCCUGGCUGAAAAAUGGAAAAAAGAGGGUGAAAUAGACAAAAGGAUAGACAUAUAGGCCAAUGGAGUGGAAUAGAGAGUACAGAUAUAAACCCUUUACAUUUACGGCCAAUAGGUUUUUCACAAGUAUGACAAGAGUAUUCAAAAGGGAAGAUAAGUCUUUUUGGUGUGGGACAGCUGAAUAUCUGCCAAAGAAUUCGGUUGGACCCUCUACCUCACACUGCAUACAGUAAUUAACUCAAAAUGCAUCAACCUAAAACUAACCUAAGCUAAAACUAGAAAAAUCAUAGAAGAAAACAUAGGAUAAAUCUUUGUGACCUUGGGUUAGGCAAGGGUCUCUCAGAUAUGACACCCAAAACACAAGCCAGGGGAAGAGUAGAUAAAUUGGACCACAUCAAAAUGAGGCACAAAACUCUUGUGCUUCAAAGGGCACUAUCAAGAAAGUGAAAAGACAGCUCACAAGAAUGGGAGAAAAUAUUUUCACACCAUGUGCUUGUAUCUAGAAUAAAUCAAGAAAACUUAAAAUUUAACAAUGAAAAUAACACAGUUUAAAAAAACGGUUAUUCAACAUAUUUGAAUAGACAAACCAAUAGACAAAGAAGCUAUAUGCAUGACCAAUGAGCACAUGAAAAUACGCUCACUGUUACUACUCAUGAGGGAAAUGCAAAUCAAAACCACAGGGAAAUACCGCUGCACACCCACAAAGAUGGCUCUAAGCAAAGAGAUGGGCAAUAACAGGUGCUGGCGAGGAUGGCGAGAAAUGGGAACUCCCUUCCAUGGCUGGUGGGAAUGUAAAGUGGUGCAGCCACUUUGAAACAUAGUUUGGCAGUUCCUCAAAAAGUUAAACAUAGAAUUAUCUCAUGAGCCAGAAAUGCUACUCCUAGGUAUUUAUUCAGGGGCAAUGAAAGCAGACGUACGCACAAAAACUUGUACACAGAUGUUUAUGGCCCUGUAAUUUGUGAUAGCUCCAAAUGGAAAUAACCCAAAUGUCUGUCCACGGAUGGAUAAAUAAAUGUGGCCUCGCUAUCCACUGGCACAUUAUUUGGCUAUAAAAAGAAAUGAAGUACUGACACAUGCUCCAACAUGGGGUACCUUGGAAACAUCAUGUUAUGUGAAAGAAGCCAUUGUAAACAGCCACAUACUCCGUAAUUGCAUUUGUAUGAAAUGCCCAGAAUAGGCAAUCCUCCCACGACAAAUGAUGGAAUAGUGGUUGCUGGGGGCUGGAGGCUGGGGUGAUUGGGGAGUGAGUGCUAAGAUACCAGGCUUUUUUUGGGGGGGAGUGAUGAAAAUUUUCUGGAGUGAGUAAUCUACAUGAUUUUGAGCAUAUGCUAUAAACCACUGAAUUAAAUCCUUUAAAAAACCCCAGAAAACAAAAGAAGUGUUUCCAAAGUCAGAGGCAGCCAGCUUAAAGGAUGAAUUCCUUAGAAUCUCUUCCCUCCCAGAGCUUUUCUUUCUUUGGGAUUCACCCUUUCAGAAAAAUCUGAGGUUUUCUUACUCAGUUUUUCUUCAAGAAAUGACAUUGCCCUAAGUACCCCUGUCCUGCUCCAGUCAAGGCAGACAGGAUGCCUUGUAGCUGCAGAUUAUUGUGUUGGAUUCAGAGGACCAAUUUGCCAAGGGUCUCAGAGGUCUCAUGGUAAACAUGUUGUCAGAUGUCCUCUCAUCCUUGAAGUACAACGUGACUGUGUCCAAGAAAUACCUUUAGCCAUUAAAUACAGGACGCUAUGGAUCAGAGAUUUUUUUGGCUGGGGCCUGGCCAGCGCAGUGGCCCUCUGGGGCACUGUUCUUCUUUUUUAUUUGUAUGCAUAUUUUUGGACUCACUUUGAUACAGCAAGAGCACUUUCUGUAGCACUUCCUACAGCCACAGACCUGCUUUUCCCAUACAUAUUUCCUCGUCUCUCUCUCCACACUGCAUUAAGCACACACAGGUGAACACACACACACAUACACAUGCACACAUGCACACACAAUGAGCUGGCAGGGUCUAAAUGUUCAGGGAGAAGAGAGGUGUGCCCUGAGUUGCUGGCCUCCAAAGCCCCAGCAUUUAGUACAAGGUCUUCAGUACUAAUGGGAGAAUGAAAUACAGUGUCAUCUUUGGAUAGAGACAUUGCAGUGUUGCUGUGACAGACACUUAGAGUGUCAACACCAGCCUGUCCUGGCUCUCUGAGAAGCUAACAGAAUGCUAGUCUGGGGUCUCAGUGCCUACAUCCAGGACACUGGGGCACGCUGGGUGCAGAUGCAGCGAUGGUGGGGCCUGUUGGCAUUUAAGCCUCUCUGCUCACCAGCCAGAGAUGCCCCAGUCUCUGCUGUUCCUGGGGAAGUUGCCAUUCUAGCAGCUACUGGGGAUCAAGGAGACACCGAUUCAGUAGAUUUUUCUGACCAUGGGCACAAGCUUGCCCAGAACCCUGAAGCUGCAAGGUUCUUGGGCAACAUAAGCAACCAGGACACUUUUCUCAUUCUCUCCUGUGAGAGCUCUGGAUGGGACCUUGCUGUCAUUCUGGCAUAGGAAUCUGUUUUAUGGCUAAUCAGUGACGUUUGAUGUCAGCAGCACAGCUGGCUAUACACCCCUCCCCUCCCAGUCUCAUCUGGGAGAACAUUUUUGUAAUCUCUUGCUCUUUCCAACCCAAGCCUGGAAGUAGGAGAGCAGGGCCCAGGAUGCUGCCUCAGGCUCCAUCAUCUCUGUCCUCCAGACCUCUCAGCUGAGGUCCUCCAACCACCUUUGCUCCUGGUUUCAGGCCUGUUUACAAACCUAACACAAGCUUGGAGGUGCCAAUAAAUUGGAGUUUGCAAAUUUACUUCUAGACUGUUUUGUUGUUCUGAAAGUCAGAAGUGAAGUGCAGAAUGGGAAGAUGCUAAGUCUUAUUUCUUUAGGCCCUGAAAACAAAUCUCACCAUUUGGUCUCUCUCAGGGAUGGGUCUUAGGUUGUGACUGCAGGAGGCUACCUUUUAAGAAGAUCCUGGUUUCAAAAUGCUUAACCUUUUGUAUUCAAUUGCAGUGAAACACUACUAAAUGCAGACUAUGACCUCAAUUUUCUUCUACUUGAUGACUUUCCAUGGUACCUCCUAUCUGUGCCAGUUGGUGAAUGUUGUGCCUGAUAAUGAGAUGCCUGCUUCUUUAGCUGCUGUUUAAAAGGUGCACUUAAUAUGUUAAUAAAUGUAUUUUUUUUUUCC